AAUCGGACGAACGGGCCGUAGUGGGAAAACCGGCAUAGCAACCACCUUCAUCAACAAAAGCGUUGACGAAUCCGUGUGUUUGGAUCUUAAACACCUGUUGGCUGAGGCUAAGCAGAGGAUACCACCGUUCUUAGAACAGAUAGAGCAAGACCUGGACACGCAGGUCAUUGGUGGCAUUCGGGGGUGUGCGUACUGUGGCGGGUUGGGCCAUCGUAUUACCGAG